UUCACUGAUUAGAGCCAGCGCUGAGAGGCAGCACUGCUCUUCUCUCACACCAACCGAGUCUCUUGAUCUGUACAUGCAAUCCCAGGCAGCUCGCGAGCACAAACCCGGGGCCAGCCGCCUGCUGCUGCUGCUGCUGCCGCUGCCGCCGCCACCGCCGCCGCUGCCCCCGCCGGCUCUGCGCACCCGGGACUUUUCAUGCACCACACUCUCCGUCUUCUUACCUCGGUAUCCUGAAAAGUGCGACCGUUCUCCCCUGGAAUUUCCACGGUCUUCGGAGGGCAUGAUUCCCCAGUAAUAAUCCUCGCCCUGAUCCAAGGUGCAGGUUGGCCUCCCUCCCAGGGAAGACUGCUUCUUGCGUGACACCGGCCAUCGAAAGAGACUCCGAUGGACUUACACCGGGCAGCCUUCAAGAUGGAGAACUCAUCCUAUCUUCCCAACCCUCUGGCAUCCCCGGCACUGAUGGUCCUGGCGUCCACCGCCGAGGCCAGCAGGGAUGCCUCCAUCCCGUGUCAGCAGCCACGACCCUUUGGUGUACCUGUCUCAGUAGACAAAGACGUUCAUAUUCCCUUCACCAAUGGCUCUUACACCUUUGCCUCUAUGUACCACCGUCAAGGUGGGGUGCCGGGCACUUUUGCCAAUCGUGAUUUCCCCCCUUCCUUACUACACCUCCACCCCCAGUUUGCCCCCCCAAAUCUAGAUUGCACCCCAAUCAGUAUGCUAAACCACAGUGGCGUGGGGGCAUUCCGUCCCUUCGCUUCCACGGAGGACAGGGAGAGCUAUCAGUCAGCCUUUACGCCAGCCAAGAGACUCAAGAACUGUCACGACACAGAGUCUCCCCACCUGCGCUUCUCAGAUGCAGACGGCAAGGAAUAUGACUUUGGGACACAGCUGCCGUCUAGCUCCCCUGGUUCACUUAAGGUUGAUGAUACUGGGAAGAAGAUCUUUGCCGUGUCUGGCCUCAUCUCUGACCGGGAAACCUCCUCGAGUCCAGAGGAUCGGAAUGACAGAUGUAAGAAGAAAGCAGUAGCGUUGUUUGACAGCCAAGCCCCGAUCUGCCCCAUCUGCCAAGUCCUGCUGAGGCCCAGCGAGUUGCAGGAACAUAUGGAGCAGGAACUGGAGCAGCUGGCCCAACUGCCUGCCAGCAAAAAUUCCCUUCUGAAGGAUGCCAUGGCUCCAGGCACCCCCAAGUCCCUCCUGUUGUCUGCUUCCAUCAAGAGGGAAGGAGACUCUCCAACCGCUUCCCCACACUCUUCUGCCACCGAGGACCUGCACCACUCAGACAGAUACCAGACCUUCCUGCGAGUGCGAGCCAACCGGCAAACCCGACUGAAUGCUCGGAUUGGGAAAAUGAAACGGAGGAAGCAAGAUGAAGGGCAGAGGGAAGGCUCCUGCAUGGCUGAGGAUGACGCCGUGGACAUCGAGCAUGAGAACAGCAACCGCUUUGAGGAGUAUGAGUGGUGUGGGCAGAAGCGGAUACGGGCCACCACGCUCCUGGAAGGUGGCUUCCGAGGCUCCGGCUUCGUCAUGUGCAGUGGGAAAGAGAAUCCAGACAGUGAUGCUGACCUGGAUGUGGAUGGAGAUGACACUCUGGAGUAUGGGAAACCACAAUACACAGAGGCUGAUGUCAUCCCAUGCACAGGAGAAGAGCCUGGUGAAGCCAAGGAGAGAGAGGCACUCCGGGGCGCAGUCCUAAAUGGUGGCCCCCCGAGCACCCGCAUCACACCUGAGUUCUCUAAAUGGGCCAGUGAUGAGAUGCCGUCCACCAGCAAUGGUGAAAGCAGCAAGCAGGAAGCCAUGCAGAAGACCUGCAAGAACAGUGACAUUGAGAAAAUCACCGAAGAUUCAGCUGUAACUACCUUUGAGGCUCUAAAGGCUCGGGUCAGGGAGCUUGAACGGCAGCUAUCUCGGGGUGACCGAUACAAAUGCCUCAUCUGCAUGGACUCCUACUCGAUGCCGCUGACGUCGAUCCAGUGUUGGCAUGUGCACUGUGAAGAGUGUUGGCUUCGGACUCUGGGUGCCAAGAAGCUCUGCCCUCAGUGCAACACCAUCACAGCCCCUGGAGACCUGCGGAGGAUCUACUUAUGAGCUAGCUGUCCAGGCAGGCCCUGCCUCGAGCAAACCCCUGCUCCAGCCUCUGUGACAGUGACCGCCCCUCCCCCCUUGUACAUACUUGCACACAGGUCCCCCGUGUACAUACAUGCAUAUACACACCCAAACACACAUAGAGGACUCUGGAGCCAGAGUGGAACAGCCCUGCCUGCUUGUUCCUUCUGAACUUGGGGACCAUGCCUCUUUGGACUCUGUUUCCAGGGUUGGCAGGAAGGUGGUUUGGGAAGUAUAGCAGGACGAGGCUCCUGAGAUCCAUCCCCGAGACUGACUGACAGACACGCAAACACCAGACUGAAGCACAUGUAAUAUAGACUGUGUAUGUUUACAAUGUUGUGUAUAAAUGGGACACUUUGCCCUCUACCACCUCCCCUUUGGGUGUAUGAUUUUCUUCUUUUAUAAUGACUCCUGGAAGCAGUGCCCCCUUCAGGGCUGGCUGGGGGCUCGGCCCAACCACCUCUUAGGGUGCCUGCCUCUUCCUCUCCCAUGGCAUCCCUUCCCUUCCCCAUGUGCUCAGUGUUCAGUGGUGUAUAUUUCUUCUCCCGAACAUGGGGCGUGUGCCCCGAGGGAUCUGAUCCUCUCCUUAGUCUUAGCUCAUGGGGCUCCUCAUGAGGAGCUGGGGGUAGGGUGGAAUGGGACCAAGCAGGAACAGGCUGCAGGCUGGCUGGCUGAGGGUGCCUGGCUGCCCAGCCUGCUGUUGAGAACCACCCCUGGGGUAGACACUGCUCCCAGGGGAAGUGCUGGCCCCGCCCCUGUGUGGGCCCUGUGGUGUGAUGCUGUGUCUGUAUAUUCUAUACAAAGGUACUUGUCCUUUCCCUUUGUAAACUACAUUUGACAUGGAUUAAAACAGUAUAAACCA